AUGCAUAAAUUAUUUAAAGAUGGUCCUUUAUGUGCACUUAAAAGUCUUAUUUUUCUACAUAUUUAUAUUAGGAAAGGACCAAAGGAUGUUAUAUACGGAUUAAAUAAAAAAAUAACAAUAAUAGACAUUUUAAAAAGGAUAAUUAAAUAAACUGCGCCAAAAAUAAAGGAUUAAAAAUACAUUUAAAGCCUAAUACUUUUAUAUUCAUUUGUAAUUAAGGAAAAAAUUAAUUUACUCAUUAAAUAUAUUCAUAUUAUAGAAGGAAAUUUUUCAUUAAAACCACUUUUUUGUAAUAUUUAAAGUAAUGAAUUUAAACCUGUUUCCGUUCUUUUUUUGGAUGAUUUUUUCGAAUAUUUUGAUCAUGUUAAUAAUUUAUGUGAAUUUAUAUUUACUUAAAAUAUUCUUAUUUAAAUUUAAGCAUGUAUUUCUGUAUAAAUUGUUGACGAAUUAUUCUGUUUUUUAUGUACUAUUACUCAUAUUUUAAAUACUAUUAUCGCAAGUACUUCAUUAGUUAAAAAUAACACAGAAAUUGACGAAACCUUCCUUUUUGAUAAAAUUAACUUCUAUUAGAAAAAAUAUGAGGAAACUUUUCUUAAAAGUUAACAGUUUUUCCAAAAAGUCUAAAAAAAUAAUAAAAAUAUAAAAUUAUAAAAUAAUUUUCCUAUAUUAGAUUAAUAAGCAAUUAGUUAUAUCUAUUCUAAAUAAUGUUUUUCAUCUUUAAAUUAUAAUCCUGCAGAAUAUUUGAAUUAUAAAAAGAGUAUUUAUGGUUUAAAAAUACCUUUUUCUUAUUUCACAAAUAGUAAUAAUGUGUAUAAUGUUUAAAACUUUUCAGUAAAUUUCUUUACAUUUGAUGAUUUCAAACGCAAAAAAAACAUAUCAGGAAAUACACCACUAAAUGCUUACAAAAAUGAUUCUUAAAUAAAGAAUAAUUUGAAAUAAAAAGCUUAAAUAAUUGAAUAAUAAAAGAAUAUAUUGAAUAGUUUCUAAAAUACAGAAAAGAAUUCAAAUGUAUUUAUGAAAUUAUAAAAACAGCAUUCUUAAAGUUGCGAUACGAAAAUUAUAUAAAAUUCAAUUUUUAAAAUGAAUAAAUAUUAAUAAAAAUAAAAAGAACCAAUAAAAAUAAAAUUUAUUAUAUCGGAAAAAAAUAAAUAAGAAUAACUAAAUAAUAUUGAAAAUAAAUCUAUUAAAAAUAAUAAUAAUAAUUAUAAUAAUAAAAAUAAUUAUAAUAAUUAUAAUAAUAAUAAUAAUAAUAAUAAUAAUAAUAAUAAUAAUAAUAAUAAUAUUAAUAAUAAUAAUUUUAAUAUUGAUAAUAAUAUUGAUAAUAAUAUAGAUAAUAAUAUUGAUAAUAAUAAUCAUCUAUCUCAUAAAGCUGCAGAAGAAUUUAAUGAAAUUGAUAUUGAUGAAAGAAAUGGGAAAUACGAAUAAAAAACCAUUAUUUGUCAAAAAAUUUCAACAAUAGUUAGAAGUAAUAAUUUAAAAUAAUUAAAUUUAAAAAAUCAAGAUAAUUUAUUAACAUUAAUAAAUCCUAAAAUACCUUAAAAUUAUAUAUUUUCAUUUCAAAAUCUUAAAAUAAAAAAUUAAAUAGGCAAAGGUAAAAAUAAAAAAUCUUAAAUCAAAAAAAUAAAAAAUAAUAAUAAAGGUCAUUCAGCUUUAGUAUAUUAAGGAGAAAUAGACAAUUAAGAAGUAGCUAUAAAAGAAAUAAAAAUUGAUUAAGAAAAUUUAAAAAACUAAAUAGAAUUUGAAAGAGAAAUCGACUCUUUUUUAAAAAUAAAAAACCAUAGAAACUUGGUUAAAUUUAUCGGAGUUUCUUAAAAUGAAGAUUAAUAUUAUAUAAUAACUGAAUUUUGUUAUGGAGGAACUGUUUUUGAUUUAUUUCAUAAAAGAAGAAAAUAAGUAUAAAUUAGUUUUGAUUUUAGAAUUAAAAUUGCUAAAGAUAUUGCUUUAGGAAUGCAAUAAUUACAUAAUUUUGAUCCUCCUAUAAUACAUAGAGAUUUAAAAUCAUUAAA